UAUUGUGUCAAAGAUCGCACUCAGUAAUCUUUUCUAUAACGGGACAGUGCAGAGUCUUGACAUGUGACGUUAUGGGUAUACGAGGAAUUUGGCAUUUCUCCAGGCCGGAUGUAUAUUUUGGAUCGGUUAGUCCUUCGCCGACUGUGGAAGAGGAUGUACCUCGUGUGUCCAAUAAGAAGGAGUGCCAAACAGGAUAGUAACAUUUAGGGGAUUCCCCACUAACUUUAAAUGCUCGAUAAGGCAAAAUGAAAUUUAUUUUUAAAUUGAUUAUCAGCGUAAUGUUUGCUGUGGUGUUUACAAUCCAUCCAAGUGAAACAAAAGAUGUGUUUUGCAAACCUAGAAAACAUGAGCAUUACAUAGAGCAGCUAAGGGGAUGUAAAAAGUGCGACAGAUGCCCGGCUGGCUGGGGAUACGGAUUAGCUCAGACUCAGAAUGAAGUGGAUAUGGAUCCUAUACAUGGAGCGAUGUCUUGUCAGAAAUGUGUCAGAUGUGUAAAUGGACUCACAUUUAGUAAAUAUAUCAGCCAUCGACCAUGCAGACUGUGUAAAAACUGCAAAGCAUUGGGAAAAGUAGAAGUCAGACCCUGCACUUCGACAAGAAAUGCUAAAUGUGGUGGGAAACUACCACCCCCAAAAAGCAAACCGUAUUUACAAGAUGACAAGACACAUACCAGACAGAAAGAAGAAAAGAAGAAUGAUUCCUACCAGUCUACUGCCAGCAAAGAUUUGGUAAAUUUCAGGAGUGUUUUUCUCUACACUGCAAUCGUUCUUACUCUUAUUGUGGGCCUUGUGGUCAUGAUGAUUUUUGUAUUGAGGAGAAAUGCAAAAAAGAAAACCAGGGCCUUGAACAAACCAGACAAUGUGAUUCCAAAAACCGAUGGAGGUGAAGACAACCAAAUAACGAUGGAAACUACCACUUUGAUGACUGAGGAAAACCAGGAGCAACCUUUUGAAGCACUCAGAAACUUAAUAAGGCAAGUUUCUAACACUGACUCUGUUCCUUUCCUGGAAUCCGACUUUACCUGGGAACUGGAUACAAUGUCACCUGUGAAAAACGACGUGGAAUGCGACGGAAACAGACUACAAACUUUUAAGCCUGCAAAUUCACCUCCUCGCCUUCAAGUGUCGGAGUUAAAGAGUGAGACGUUGACAGACGCCCAGUUUCAAGACCUGUGUCCAGAAUUGGCCGCGAGCAACAACUAUCGCAGGGUUGGACGCAUGCUUGGUGUUCGAGACAGUGACAUCGAAAUUAUCAAUGAGCAGAACCGAGGCGAUCCGAAGGAGGCUGCCUUCCAAACGUUAAAGAAAUGGAGAGAACUGAAAGGGAAAGAAGCAACGAAGCAGCGACUCAGGGAAGCAUUGCUCGCUUGUGGUCGUCAGGACCUUGUAGACAGAAUCAAGUAAAUAGACUUGCAAAGGAAAGAUUCUCUUACAAGUAAAAGAAGUUAUUCAUGCAUCGGUGAUCCAAUCGUACUAUUCCAGUAAAGCACUGUGUCACCCUUUAUAGAGAUUGCAGCUUAACGAACGCCCAAGCUCCGGUAUGCUGCGAUACGAACAUUGUAUGUGAGCUUACUCCCGAGUGAAUCGGUGUGCACACAGAUCAUACAAUACAAGAGGGGAAAACGAUUUGCCAAAUAUCGUUACUAUUUGAUUUCUUGCUCAGACCGGUCACACAAACUCCUUUAGGGAUUGAAAGUUGGAAGAACUUGCAUCUGAAUUGCAAAAAAUACAACAUGUUGUGUUUGUGAAAAAUAAAGUUUGGAAAAAUA